AUGAUGUCACCGGAUAAACCCCGGAAACUUUCCACCUGUCAUGCUCACAAGGAGAGUAAUCUACUUAUCCCUCUUCAGAAGAAAACUUUUCUUGCUCCAAAUUGUGGUUAUGUAGUAGAAUUCUUUGGAGUGAAACCACACAAUACCCCAUUGAUUACUGCUGCAUUUUCCAGAAACAAGGUUUCAUCGUUGGUUACCUCUGGUAGUUUAUGCGUGGAACCAGAUCACUUUACGAAGUUGUAUGCCAACAUUGGUUCCAAGGAGGUACUUCAUGUUGUGGAUUCCGGUCUGAAAGGAGAUUCUCAUUUCCUAGAGGAACGAUCUAUAGUUGAAGACACUCAAACAAACAAUUCAUCUGACCUUCCAAAGAGUUCCAACCUUAAGAAUGAAAGGGAAACCGAAAGAAGAAGAAAGAUUGGGAUAGCAAAUAAAGGAAAAGUUCCUUGGAACAAAGGCAGGAAACAUAGUGAAGAGACACGCAAGACCAUUAGUCAACGGACAAAAGAAGCCAUGAGAGAUCCCAAGGUAAGAAAGAAGAUAUCUGAAUGCUCUCGCUCACUAAGUAAUGAAACAAAAGCAAAAAUCAGCAUGUCCCAUCGAAAGUUAUGGGAAGAACGUUUGAAGUGGAGAAGGUCAAGGGAGAAAAUUUUCCAGUUAUGGGCUGAAAACAUUGCUAGAGCAGCUAAAGUGGGGCACAGUGACCAAGAAGAACUAGAAUGGGAUAGCUUUGAGAAUAUCAAAAGGGAGAUACAUAUUGAACAGCUUGAACAAGCUGCACUAAGGGCAAAGGAAAAAGAAGCUGCAAGAAUACGAGCAGAGAAAGCAGCAAAGGCAAGAGAAGCAAAGAGGAAUGGACUUACAGAAAAGAAAAAGAACCGGGGGAAGAAAGCGAAGGUUGUUGGAGAAUUGAAGAGAAAAGCUGGGAAGAGGUCUGAGGAAGAUGAAGAAGAAUUAGCCAGCAACCAAGAACUGAAGUUACGAAGAAACUUAAUGAAGAUCCGCAAACAAAAAUCGAGACUGAGCCACAUCGACAAUCAGAAUCGACGAAGCUGGGAGAAGUUAGAUGUGAAGUUAGAAAGAAUGGAACAAAACCAUAAUCUGGCAGAUCAAAUCCGUGUCGCCAAGUGCAGAAGAGCAGAAUUGAUCACUCAGGAAAGUCUAAAAUAUACUUCAAGUAACCAAAGGCAGGAGAACCUCAACGAACUUAAUUAUGAGGUUCAAACACGCAACAAGAUGGUAUCUGUCAGAUCAAAUCCAUGUCGUCAAGGCAAAAGCCCCAACCUUUAA